AUGUCGAUAAUGAAUGAACCCACUGUGGACUUCCAUUUGAAGUUAAAUGAGCAACAAUUUCAUAUACCAAGUGAAUUAUUAAAACGUAAUUUGAAGCAAUGUCAGAGACUCAUAGAUAAGGAAUCAGCUGCGUUACAAAAGAACUUUUCUGAAUUGGAUGAUUUAAUAAGUAAUCCUAAUAAUGAUGCAAGUAGUAUUGCGAAGUUAAAUGAUAUUAUAUUGGGAAUUGAAAAGUUGGAGCGCAAGUUGUCAAAGAGAGUUAAUGUUGAGUUACAGCUUUUGCAACGUAUACAAGCACGAAUCAAAUACUACAAAGAUCUAGAUGACAUUAAGAAAAGUAAAGAAUCAAACAGAUUGAUUGAAUGGUAUCAAUUAUAUACAAAUUUAUUAAUUGGUGAUUACUUGACGAGGAAUGGCAAUUCUUAUGAGGGGGCUGAUGACAUUAGCUGCGGUUCGACCCCCCCACCUGCUAGACUGAAAAGAAAGUUGAGCUCGGCAAGUUCUCAGCUUACGAAUGCGACGACUACAAACGAACAUGAAAGACCUAUUGUGAAUCCAGGCGUGGAAUAUUUAAAGCAGCAAGGAUUGGACUUAUUAUUAGAUUAUGACAUUUUAUUAACGACCAAUAGGAUUUCAAAGCAGCUAACUAUUAACCAUGAGUUAGGUCCCUUAUUAGAUUGGAUAAAAGAAAACAAUACUUACUUGAAGAAUACUUCGUCAACCUUGGAGUUUGAGGCAAGAUUUCAAGAGUAUAUAGAAUAUGUCAAAGUGGAAGACUAUACAAGAGCUAUCGUGUGCUUUCAAAAGUAUUUGGUUAAGUUUUUAUACUUAAAUCCGGUGGAUUUACAAUUAGCGGCUGGUCUUUUGGUAUUUAUCAAAACAUGCAAGUCUAAUAUGUCAUCUUAUAUUCCUACUCCAAAUGCUGACGAUUUGAUGAAACAACAAUCAGUGCUGCAAGCUAAAGAAGACUGUUGGUCAUUCUUUUUUUUACAAUUGCCUAAUAGUUCUAAGAAGAAUACGAAAACAGAUAUUAAUGUGAAGGCUAAUUCCCUGACGAAUACUUUGGAUAUUAAACGUUACAUGGAGUUGCUUGAUGAUAAGAGGUGGGAUCGGUUGAAUGAAAUGUUCUUGAAGGCUUACUAUUCCAUGUAUGGAAUAUCAUAUCAUGAUCCUCUAUUAAUUUAUUUAUCCCUAGGAAUUUCUUCAUUGAAAACCAAGGACUGUUUGCAUGAACAAAAGGCUUUUGUUUCUCCUGAUAGUGGACUAUCUCAUUAUUUGAGUACUGAAGUUCUACGAAAUAAUUGCCCUGUUUGUAGUUCAGAGUUCGCCCCCAUCGCUGAAAAACUACCUUAUGCACAUCAAGUCCAAUCUAGGUUAUUUGAAAACCCUGUAAUGUUACCAAGUGGUAAUGUGUAUGAUGCUGAGAAAUUAAAAACUUUAGCGCAGACUCUAAGGAAGCGAAACUUGGUUGUGUUAAAUGAAGAUGAGAUCUUAGAUCCAAUAGCUGGAAACACCUAUACACUAAAUGAAUUUAUUACUAUGUACCCCACUUAA